AAACUAAGUGCUCUUAAGUGGGUGGACCACUUAAGUGCCGUACACCUCCAUCCACCUCAUUCAUCAAAGAUAUCAAUGAUAUCAAGUCUACUUCAAAAGAAAAGAAAGCAGGAGACAUCAAAGGUCAGCCAAACACAUUGAAUUGCAUUGUAAAACCUUGUCAUCAAAUAUUGAUACUGGUUAAGGGAAAAGCAAUUUCUAUUGUUGGGUAAUAACCCGUUUCUAUAUUUAUCAAUUUUAAGUUGCGUGGAUCACAUUCCUACGGCUAACAGAAUGAGGGUCCCACGGCUAGCUAGUAUAAAUCAACAUACAAGGGUGUGGUCUCCAAGCAAAGAAAGCACAAAGCUAGUUCAUGCUACAUGCAGCAUUAGAGAUGACAAUGACAAUGAGGUUGGUGUUAGCAGCUAUGGUUGUGGGAUGGUUGUGGUUCGAUGCGGUUGUGGUGAUGGGAGACGUUGGAACAGCUACAUCUUACGACCCUCCUUACAUACCCACAAGAUGCCCUGGCUACAGCAAAGAACAAUUUCCAGGGGAUGGCUUGUUUGUUGCGGCGAGUAGUGGGGUGUGGGACAAUGGUGCCGCCUGCGGUCGGAAGUAUAGAUUACGGUGCUUGAGUGGGCUCAGGCGCCCAUGCAAAGAUGACACUAUAACAGUAGAGGUGGUUGAUGUUUGUCGUCACAAUCCAUGCCCAUCGACGCUUGCCUUAUCUAACAAAGCCUUUGACGCCAUUUCGAGAAUCCCCAAUGCCAAAAUCAACAUCGAAUUUGCUCAGAUCUGAUGUAGUGAGAGCUCCUUGAUGCGUGGCCAGCAACAGUUCUAUCACAUGACAUCACUUCAUUUUUAAUUCAUGUUCUAAUUUGCAAGGGCUGUACACCAUUGUUCUCUUCCUUCAUUUGUACCCGAAAUCACAUGGCAAUAAAGAAAGAUAUUACAAUUUUCAAGUA